CAAGCGGGAGGGAGGGGGCGGCGGCGAGAGCCUGCGAGGGGGUGAGAGGGCGCCAGGGAGACUCCGGCGAGGGGCGCCCCCCGACCCCUGCCCCGCCUCCGCGGGCCCGGCGGCUGCCCGUGUCAGCCCCGCCCCCGGUGCGCGCCGAGCCGCGCCCUUCGCCCGCUCCCCGUCCCUGGCGGGCUGCGCCGGGCGGCCUGAGGGGCGGCGCCUUCCGCGGCCUCCCCGGCGGGGGCAUGUGAGGGGCGGCCCGCGGCCAUGGAGACGGGCCCGGCGCCCCUGGUGGCCCCGCCGCGCCGUCACGGCGCCCCCGCGGCCCCCUCGCCGCCGCCCCGGGGUUCCCGGGCGGGGCCCGUUGUGGUGGUAGCUCCGGGACCGCCAAUGACUACGGCCACUUCUGCCCCUGUCACCCUGGUGGCUCCCGGGGAGGCGCGGCCCACCUGGGUCCCCGGGACGACCCCGGUCCCGGCCGUCACGGGCAGCACGGUGGUAGUGCUGACUCUGGAGGCCUCACCCGAAGUCCCGAAGACGCAGGUCCCUCCCUGCCCAGAGCCCCCUAUGCCCGCGGCAGUGGCAGGAGCCGAGAUGUCGAUGGCUCUGGCCCCCGAGGCAGACUCUCCGAAGACGAAGGAGGCUCAAACCUCACCUGCCCCAGGACCAGGGACCCCCACCGGGACCCUCACCAGGACCCCUUCCAGAACGGCUCCUGGGGCCCUGACCGCCAAACCCCCGCUUGCCCCCAAGCCGGGAACCACGGUGGCCUCAGGAGUGACUGCCCGGGGCUCAGCAGGACAGGUGACAAGUGGACAUGGAGCUGCAACAACACCUGCAUCAGCAGGACAGACUCCUGAAGACCCGUCCGGCCCUGGCACAGGCUCUCCAGGGACGGUCGAGGCUCCAGUAGCUGUUGUGACGGUGACCCCAGCUCCAGAGCCUGCUGAAAACUCUCAGGACCUGGGCUCCACGUCCAGCCUGGGACCUGGUAUCUCUGGGCCUCGAGGGCAGGCCCCGGAUACUCUGAGCUACUUGGACUCCGUGAGCCUCAUGUCUGGAACCUUGGAGUCCUUGGCGGAUGAUGUGAGCUCCAUGGGCUCAGACUCCGAGAUAAAUGGGCUGGCCCUGCGCAAGACGGACAAGUAUGGCUUCCUUGGGGGCAGCCAGUACUCGGGCAGCCUAGAGAGCUCCAUUCCCGUGGAUGUGGCUCGGCAGCGGGAGCUCAAGUGGCUGGAGAUGUUCAGUAACUGGGAUAAGUGGCUGUCACGGCGUUUCCAGAAGGUGAAGCUGCGCUGCCGGAAGGGGAUUCCCUCCUCCCUCAGAGCCAAGGCCUGGCAGUAUCUGUCUAAUAGCAAGGAACUCCUGGAGCAGAACCCGGGCAAGUUUGAGGAGCUGGAACGGGCUCCUGGGGACCCCAAGUGGCUGGAUGUGAUUGAGAAGGACCUGCACCGCCAGUUCCCUUUCCACGAGAUGUUUGCUGCUCGAGGGGGGCAUGGGCAGCAGGACCUGUACCGAAUCCUGAAGGCGUAUACCAUCUACCGGCCUGAUGAAGGCUACUGCCAGGCCCAGGCCCCGGUGGCUGCGGUGCUGCUCAUGCACAUGCCUGCUGAGCAAGCCUUUUGGUGCUUGGUGCAGAUCUGCGACAAGUACCUCCCAGGUUACUACAGUGCAGGGUUGGAGGCCAUUCAGCUGGAUGGAGAAAUCUUUUUUGCGCUUUUGCGCCGGGCCUCCCCACUGGCACAUCGGCACCUGCGGCGGCAGCGCAUCGACCCCGUGCUCUACAUGACAGAGUGGUUCAUGUGCAUCUUUGCCCGCACCCUUCCCUGGGCUUCAGUGCUGCGCGUCUGGGAUAUGUUUUUCUGUGAAGGCGUUAAGAUCAUCUUCCGUGUGGCCCUGGUGCUGCUGCGACACACGCUGGGCUCAGUGGAGAAGGUGCGCUCCUGCCAAGGCAUGUAUGAAACCAUGGAGCAGCUGCGCAACUUACCCCAACAGUGCAUGCAGGAGGACUUCCUGGUGCAUGAGGUGACCAAUCUCCCUGUGACAGAAGCACUGAUUGAGCGGGAGAAUGCAGCCCAGCUCAAAAAGUGGCGUGAAACCCGGGGGGAGCUGCAGUAUCGGCCCUCACGACGACUGCAUGGCUCCCGGGCCAUCCACGAGGAGCGCCGGCGGCAGCAGCCCCCCUUGGGCCCCUCGUCCAGCCUCCUCAGCCUUUCUGGCCUCAAGAGCAGAGGCUCCCGGGCAGCUGGAGGGGCCCCCUCCCCGCCCCCUCCUGCCCGCAGAGCCAGUGCUGGGCCUGCCCCAGGGCCUGUGGUUACUGCUGAGGGACUGCAUCCAUCCCUUCCCUCACCGACUGGUAGCAGCACCCCCUUGGCUCCCAGCAAGGAGACCCGGAGGCAGGAGAAGGAGCGGCAGAAACAGGAAAAGGAACGGGAGAAGGAGCGGCAGAAACAGGAGAAAGAGCGGGAGAAGCAGGAGAAGGAGCGGCAGAAGUGGGAAAAAGAGCAGGAGAGAGAACAGCAGAAACAGGAGAAGGAGCGGCAGAAGCAGGAGAAGGAGCAGCAGAAGCAGAAGGAGCAGCAAAAGCAGGAGAAGGAGCGGCAGAAGCAGGAGAAGAAGGGCCAAGGCCGGAAGCUCUCGUUGCGUCGAAAGGCAGAUGGACCCCCAGCACCCCAGGAUGGCGGGGACAGGCCCUCAGCAGCUGAGGCCCGGCAGGACGCUUACUUCUGACCUCUGCCCUGGGGCUGGACCGCAUUGCCCCCCUUUUUCCCUCAACCAAGAGCAGACCUGGCUUAGGGUGCUGCCCCCAGUCCCCUAGCAGAUGGUCCCUCUUUCUGAGGAAAGUGGCUUGAUUCCCAGUCUCCUCGCCAGCUGCUGCUCCCUUCAUAGCCAGGACAGCCACAGUGUAUGGGGCAGCUGUAUUCCCCGGGGCAGCCAUGAACACAUUUGGGCCCUCUCACCUCCAGUCAGGCCCAGCUGGGGUCUCUGUCACUCCUGCCCCAAUUCCCUCUGGGGUCUCCUCCCAGGUGCUGUCCUGAUUGGCCUCUUGUCACCACAGGGUGGCUCUUGGCAAUGGGAGUCGCAGUUUUCAGAUUCUUACACUCCCUUUCCUUCCCCAUGAGGUGGAGGUGAGUUCCUUUUCCCUUCCUCAGCCCUGCCUGUGUCCCUCAUUUCCAGGCUGGGGGCCACAGCUCUCCUUGCUCUACUUCUGGACAUCUCUGUGUAGUAAUUAUGUACAAGGACUGGGUUGGCCCCAGGGUGGGGUGCUUGCUCUGUCUUCUGUCCUUUGGUUCUCCUUCCGUAAUGCUCCUGCACUUGGGUUUAUUUAAGGGGACAUGCACUGGAAUGGGAACUGUCCCCCACUUCCUCUCCCACCACCCUGCUGCUCUCCCUCUACCUUCCCCCCUUGCUCUUUCUUCUCAGGCCUCCCCUGCCUUGUCUCACCAGGACCCCACUUUUCACCUUGUUUGCUUCCAACCCUCAGCCCCUAUCUGAGUAAGGGUUUUCCCUUGAGCUCCAGGGGGUGGAACCCAAUGUUUACAUUCUCUUCUGUCUCUGUCCCCACCCCAUGUGGCGCUUUGAGGAACCGGAAAAGAACCUGCUGUUGUACCUGU